AAUAUAGACGUAUUUGUUUAUUAAACUCGUUUACAACGAAAGCAUUCACCUAGUGUUCGUGCCGAGUGAGCAAUUGAACGUACAGUUACCAGACAUUUAGAUGUAAUGUCCCAGAAAAUGUAGUAACUGCCAAAUGAGCUUAAGUCAAAAUGAUGUCGAAACAUCAUCGUGCGAUGAGGUAAUCUCGACAUCUAUGGACUGGAACGAAAACUUCAUGAGGUAACAAGAUGAUAGGCGCUGUAUUACUUUAACAUAUACGUGUCUUGGCUGGCUUAAGACCUUGAGAUUUCGAGUUACACCUAACGAAAAUGACAAACACGAAGAGGAUAAUCAUAAAUCUUGUGGUCAUUCUGUGCGGUAUCGGUUUUGCCACAGCGUGUGGAAAGUUGGAAUACCUUCACGAUAACAGAUGUUGUGAAAUGUGUAAGCCCGGGCAAUAUGUGUCGCAACAUUGCACUGACAAACAGAGGACGAAAUGCAAUACGUGCCAGUUUGGGAAAACAACAAAGACAUAUAACAACGCAACGGAUUGCAAUUGCGGAAAAAAUAAAUACUUCAGCAACAGCUAUACGUUUUGUAUGGAAUGCAGCGCGUGCACUGAAGGCUUCUUUCCAAUUGAGAAAUGUGGACUCGAAGAAAACACCAGGUGCCUAAAGUGUCCAGAGAAUCAUUUCUCCAAUUUAACAAAAAAUUUCAACUCUCCAUGCGUUCCAUGCACAAAAUGCCAGCAUUACGUAAGGGAGUGUAAACCAGAGAACGACUCCAUUUGCAAGGAUGAAGUGACACAACGUCAAACAACGCUAAGCCCAACAACAAUCAGCACACAAAAUACCAAUAAAUUACUAUUGUACGUUCCAGAAAAUGCGACGGCAAGAACAAUGGUGUCAAACGAUAGCAACAACGCGGUUAUUUUGCUCGCCGUGUUAGGAGUUCUGUGUUUCUUACUCCUUGCAUUGCUCGUAUUUAUUGUAAUGAAAGCUCGUCAGAAAAAACGAGGGGGUGUGUGGCUGACAAAACACCAAAGCUCGGAAUUCGUGCCACUUUCCACAGGUAUACUCCUGCGCAGUCAACCCGCUUCAUUUUUACUGAAACUCAAAGAUAUGUUGACGGCAGAGGGACGGCCCAACUGGAGGCAACUCGCCGGGGAACUGCAGUUUACUUACGAUCAAAUUUGCAAUUUAGCCGUAAACAAAGAAACGGCGGCGGAGAACAUGUUGUGGACGUGGCAAACGUCGAAUGAAGCGACGAUGGACCGACUCUAUGAGGCGUUAUAUACCAUUAAAAGGGAGGACAUAGCAAGUUUUGUACAAGAAUACGCGUUGGAAGGCGUUGCGUCCGUUUGAAAGUCCCUUUCCACUUUGAAUUCUUCUGCCGCUCGAGGAAGAAAGGUCAAGAGUGGGAUAAAUUACUUAAUAUUGCCAUUAUACCAUUCGAUUCAUCGAAUGCUCAACGAUAAGUAUAUAUUUAUAUGACAUAGGAGCACCGAGGUAAAUUAUUUUAGUUAAUGUCGGAAAAAUAUUUAUCGACAGUUUAUAACCGUCUUUAUGAUACGAGGCAGAACGACGUACAGAUAUGUGAUGUGUUCAAGGGACAAGAAUGGGCAAAUCCGAUGAAAUUCCGCAAGUGUGCUGAACGAAAAAAUGUGUUCAAAAUAAAACUCUGAAAUCGGAACUCGUGCAGCCGUGGUGGGUACAUGGUUAGAUAAAAUGAAUCGUAGCCGACCUGUUUGGAUUUCAAAUACCUUUAUAACAAUGACAUUUGCUAUGAGUCUCCAAGGAAGAUGUAACCACGCAUCAGGCUGUUCUGAUUUAUUUUGCCCAAUGCUAGAUCCACUGGAACACAGACAUCAAAUAUCUGUACUUCUUCAGCAAGUUGAUUCUUAAAAAAUAGGUUAGUUCAGUCGGGUUGAUUAUAAGCAAACAAGCGCACACCAUCGGAAAGAUAACGCUAAACGAACAUUUAAUUCAAUUUCAUGCCUAAGAUCGACAAAACGCAAGCCUCGACAGAAACUUAACCCAGGAAGGAAUAACUGCUUUUUUUGUCGUUCCUGAGUCAAUCUCCAUGAGAUCCUAAAGUUAUUCGAGGAUAUCCUUCCUCUGCAGGGUCAUUCAAUCAAGUACUUUAAAAGUAUUUCCGUAUUACCUAUAGGUAAUAUUGCCACAAUUUAUAUUUAGCUGCUAAAAAUUCAGGAUGCCUUAAACAAACAUUCUCAGUCCUUAAGCAACGAACUUUGUGAGAGUGAGGCUUAGGGCCAUUUGCGAGACAAAGUGCAGGCGAGAGGUAGGGUUGGGUUGGGAGGCGAAAUUAGCGGCAGGGUCGAUUAAGCUAGUAUAAACUUUAUAAUAGUCUAAAAUUCAAAUCAAUCAGGGAAUUGCUUGCAUUAUCAGAUUGAUUGAAAUUGCACACAAUAAUUGUAAAAUGUCAAUAAUGGUUAGAUUCUCCUCAACAGUAAAAUUUUUAACUAUAGUCACGAUGCAUGAAGUGCCUUGAUGAAGAUUCAGCUUUUUGCAUAAAUUUAUACGGCAUCACAAUAGGAAUUUCAUCUCUCAAAAUUUGAGUGCGAAGUCUUUUAAUGCAUUUGCACGCAGACGCCUAAACGUCAAAACACUUGAUUGUCUCUGUCGUUGAACUCGAGUUACUGGUUGCGCGAUGAAAAUUCUAACAGCAAUACUCGUGGUUCGCGGCAAUUGUAUAAAACAAACACAAUUUGCAAAAUUUUUUGAACGAAAAAUUUGUAAGUGAGAUUGAAAAACGAUUUUUUUUGCUAGAGAAAAAAUAAGUCAUUCGUAAAAAAAGCAAAAACAAAUGGCUUCUGAUGAUACAAUCUAUAAAACUCGUUAAAUUUUCUUAGCUUGCUGUGGUAUUCGAGUGGGCAUUUGUGGCAAAUUACACAUUUAGAGAAUUUAUUAGAAAAUCGGAAAUGUUUAGGGCAGGGAGGGGGUGUUGAUUCUGCUCGAUUUAUUAUUACUUUUUGUAUUCGGUAGAAACCAUACGAUAUGUGUAUUUUGUAAAAAUUAGAUUAAAUGUGAUUUUUGGUGAGUUAAAAUGUUUGCAUGAUGUUAAUUAUUUUCAAAAUAUGGAAUAAAAUUGUAAAUUAACGUAGAAAAGCACAAUUUUGUGUACAAUUUUUUUGCGAAGGAUUUUGCGAUUAUUUUUAUAAUCCAGUGCUGAUUUGUUACUUGAAGACACCAAUCGAAAAACUGCUAUUUUUUAAUUCGAAAAUCUCUAAACUUGUAUGAAGUUGAACGUACCAUAUAAUUUUGUAAAUAGCUUUAUGAAAUCAUACGAAAGUAUUUUCGUAUGAAUAAAUUAUCAUAUCAAACAAA